GUCGCUAUCUCUGUUGGUGAACUUGGCUGAUGACAAUUACCUCCCAGAGAACAUUGUUGUUGUGGCUGGGGAGGCUGAUGAUGUCAAAGUGUUGAAUACCCAAACUAUCAAUUGGUCAACACAGACACUGACAGAGAUCAAGCUGUUGGAGAAUCUGACAGAGCAUUUCCCCAUUGUCACUAUCAGAAUCAAGUCUUGCAAAUCUCAUGGCAUUGAUACUCGUGUGAGAGGACUAAAGCUUAACUGUAUAGAGGAGCGUAGUUUGGGGUUUGACCAAGAUUUCUUCUCUGGCGACCGCUUGGUCCGAUACCCAUUGUUACAGUCAUACAGCCCCUCUGUUAUCUACAAGCGCUCAAUCGUUUUACAAAGGUUCACGUGGCUGCUGGACAGUGUCAUCCAGUAUCUGAUUCCAAGCUGGCAGUCUUCCAUUGAGGGAUGUGGUCAUGUGGAGAAUCAGUCCUUAACCAGCCUGGAAAGCAUUCGUCAACUUCUGCCAUUGUUGAAGAAACGCCUGGCCCUUAUAGACACACUUCUGAAAGGGUCUGCAUCAGAUCCAUCUGAUCGCAAGGUUGUCUACAUCAAUCGUCAUGCUGCUCUUGCUCACCGAGCCAACCCUUCUGCCAGUGCCGACUUUAGUAAUACAGUCUUCAUGCAGCUGUUUGAGGGCUUGAAGCCAAGGGACAGGAAUUCUCCACCUCUGUCAUACAGGUGGUCAACACAGAAUGACCAGUGGUGGGAAUGCAAGUUCUUAUCCGAGGGCAUCAUUGAUCAAGGAGGUGGAUUUAGGGACAGUCUGUCGGAUAUUGCAGAGGAGCUGUGCCCUUCUGAUCCUGAUGCCCCAAUGCCCCUGCCCUUUUUUGUCAGGACACCCAACCAGAGUAAUGAAGAUGGCAAUGUGAAUCGGGACUGCUACAUUCCGAACCCUUCUUGCACCGACUUCGGAAAAUAUGAGUGGAUUGGACAGCUGAUGGGUGCUUGUUUCAGAGGAAAAGAGCUGUUGAUUGUUUCUCUUGCCCCGUAUGUGUGGAAGCGUCUUGUGGGGGAAAGUUACAACUGGUCGCAGGACUUUGCAACUGUCGACGCUGCAGAGGUGAGAAUUAUAGACAGCCUUGCCAGCAUGGAUCGGGAUACUUUCCUGGCCGCAGGAAGGAGCUGGAGCAUGGUACUUAGUGAUGGCACUCAUGUUAGUCUCAAAGUUGAUGAUGACGGAAAUCCAAAACCCUUGGAUUAUGAUGACAGGGAGGAGUAUGCCCAAAAAGUCCGAGAGUUGAGAAUGGUAGAAUGCGAUAAACAGUUAAAAGCUAUCAGAACAGGUUUGCUGAAAGUUAUACCAGAGGCUGUUCUGGGACUGUUAACUUGGCAAGAGCUGGAGUCGAGAAUCUGUGGAGAACCGGAGAUUACAGUGGAAGCUUUGAUGAAAAACACUUACUACCAUCACAUAGAUGAAGAUGAUCUGAGAGUGAAAUACUUCUGGAGCGCCGUGAAAAAUUUCUCAAAUGAAGACAGAAGUCGCUUGCUUCGUUUUAUUACUGGACGAAGACGGUUGCCUGUAUCCAUUUUCAUAUCUUCUGGGAAAAAUAGUCCUAUUGAUCCAUUACCAGAGUCAUCAACUUGCUGCAAUACACUACAUUUACCUGUGUAUUCUGAUGAGAAGAUUGCCGAGGAGAGACUGCGGUAUGCAGCAUAUAACUGUGUUUCCAUUGAUACGGAUGAGUGA